AACGACAACAACAACAAACACAGCGAAACGAAAAACAUAUCGCCGCUAGCUGACAACUAACAACUGAUAGAAGGAGAGAUGAGUCAACGUUUAGGUCAGCUGAUGCUGCUCGGGAUGCUGCUCGGCAUGGCGAGUGCGACAAACAGCACGCUGGCUUUUCAGGGUAAUGAGUAUCUGAACGGGAUACCGGAGCGCUUUGACGAGACGCAGCUGUGGCGCGUUCACAACAUGAGCGAUGCCAUGCUCCAGAGCAUACCCGUUGGCCAGGUGCUGGAGGAGAAGUUUGGUGGCAAUAUUUGGAAGGAGAACUCCAAGUUUCUGGACGUCUCCAUUGGCAAGGAGCACGUAAAGGCGGCGCGCAGUUUUCUGCAAGCCCACCACCUCGAUGCCGAGGUGCUGUCGGACAAUGUCCAGUCCCUGAUCGAUCAGGAGCUGCUGGAAGGCAUCCAGGCCACACAAGCCCAGCCAGGCGCACGCUCAAAGAAGGCCUCACGCAGCGGCAGCGGCAUGCAUUGGAAGGACUACCACGAUCUGGAGACCAUCUAUGCGUUUAUGCGCGAAAUACGCGCCAAGUAUCCGAAUAUAUGUCGCCUCUAUACCAUAGGACAGACGGCCGAGAAACGCGAUUUGAAAGUCUUGCGCAUCUCGGAAAAUCCGCGCGAAUUCAAAAAAGUUUGGAUCGACGGCGGCAUCCAUGCACGUGAGUGGAUCAGUCCGGCAACAGUUACGUUUAUACUGUACCAGCUGAUGCACAACUGGGAGAAUCAGCCGGCGCAUAUACGCGGCCUCACCUGGUACAUAAUGCCCGUAAUGAAUCCGGAUGGCUACGAGUACAGCCGCACGACGAAUCGACUGUGGCGUAAGAAUCGCUCGGCAUCGCGACGAACCAAUUGCUUUGGCGUCGAUCUGAAUCGCAAUUUCGAUAUUGGCUGGACCGGAUUCGGUUCCUCAAAGGAUCCCUGCAGCGAUGUCUAUCGCGGCAGCGCAGCCGCCUCCGAGCUGGAAACGAAGGCCGUUUCCGAUUUUCUGGCCAAGCGCAAAUACAAUCUGGAGGCGUAUCUAACCUAUCACAGCUACGGCCAAAUGGUCGUCUAUCCGUGGGCCUACAAGGCCGUCAAGGUCAAGGACUCGAGCGUGCUGCAGCGCGUCGCCAGCACCGCUGUCGAUCGCAUUGCCCAAAAGACGGGCAGCAGCUACACGGCGGCCGUCACCCACGAGGUGCUCGGCAUUGCCGGCGGCGGCUCCGACGAUUGGAGCCGUGCCGCACUCGGCGUUAAAUACGUCUACACCAUUGAGUUGCGCGAUCGCGGCACCUACGGCUUUGUCCUGCCGCCCAAGUUCAUCAAGGACACCGCCCUCGAGGGCUGGACCGUCGCCGAGACAGUUGCCCAAUCCAUCGGCUGAUCCCGGAACUAUAUCUAACUAGGUGUAAGUGUCUGAGCGCAGCUUCGCGCUUCUCUAUGUGUGAAUGCCUAUUUAUGUAUGCAUGUACAUUGUACAUAUGUAAAAACAAAUAACAACAACAACAAAAAAUCAAU